AUGAUGUAACACAGAAAGUUCCGGAACGGCUAAAGGUCGCUAGAUUAAAGCGUUUAGCUCAAGACGAGUAGCGACGUUAUACCUGAAACUUUCCGAUAACAGCACAUUUUGAAGAAUAACUUGUGUAAUUUGACACCAUGCCGAGAGGAAGCAGAAGCCGAACAUCGAGAAUGCCUUCUCCAGCAAGUCGGGCACCACCACCGCCACCCCCUCCUUCCCGUGCUCCUGUACCGAUGCACGCGCCUCCGGCCGCCAUGGCUGCUCCAGCGGCAGCGCCCAGGCAGCCCGGUAUGUUUGCCCAGAUGGCGACAACUGCUGCCGGGGUAGCGGUAGGUUCUGCGGUCGGACACACCCUCGGCCAUGCAAUGACAGGAGCCUUCAGCGGGGGUAGUAGCUCUGAGCCUGCGCGGCCUGAUGUCACAUACCAGGAGCCCCAUCAGGCCCAGCCAUAUCAAACACAGUCCCCGUACCAGCAGCAGAAUACCGCACAGCAAGCAUGUUCCUAUGAGCUCAAGCAGUUUAUUGACUGCGCUCAAUCCCAAAGCGAUUAUAAACUCUGCGAGGGCUUCAGCGAGGUGCUCAAACAAUGCAAGUUUGCGAAUGGGCUAUCUUGAAUUGCAUCCCGAAACCUUGGAGGGGAGGAGACCGUAGACUCACUAAUGCCGGACAUCGUAAUCUAAUUGAGACCUGUUAAAUAUACAUUUAUUCUUCUGACAAUAUCAGUUAAUUCAGUCAAAAAUCUACAAAAGAGCUAGUAGUCACAUGUUGAUAAAUAUUGCUGUUUUGAGUUGAUUUUGCUUGCAUGUCAUUAUUCGCAGUGCUGGGUAUUCCUCUAUUGUAGAAAUGAAAAUAUUAAAGAAUUUGGAUCAUGAAGACAAAAACAA